UGGUCUUCUGUACUUGGGAAGGUUUCCUGUCCGCUGCUGCUACUCGUUAUGCUGUCCACAGUAAAAAGAUUAGAAGUCACAUACAAGCCUGUCAAUGACAGCAACUCCUUUACUAACGGCGACAUCGUUGCCGGGGAAGUCACGCUGGAAGCGGCGAAAGACUUUCAAAUAGGCUCUCUGUUCAUUAAAUUUAAAGGGAAAGCGGAAGUUCGGUGGACCGAGAGGCACGGUAAAACUACCCAUGUGUACCACGCAAAAGACAAGUACUUCAGCGUGAGACAUUACUUCAUUCUCGACAAAAAUGGCAAAGGGAACGACAGACAGACACUGGUGACAAAUGAGAAUUCACAAACAUACUGCAGUGUCGUUGCCCCAGGAUGCCACGUCUACCCAUUCAGCUUUCAGAUUCCUUUCCAGGAUUUGCCCUCCUCCUUCAGCGGUGCAGAUGGUAAAAUUGUGUACUUGCUGGAAGCUGUGCUGAGCAGAUCGAUGAGGAUUGACACGAAACAUUCGACUAAGAUCAACUUUGUGUCCAGGACAAAUAUGAACACUGUGACUUGGUUACAGACACCCCAGCAUGAGUCUAAGGAUAAGAAAAUUUUUACCUCAGGAAGUGUAGCCAUGGAUGUGAAUCUUGAAAAAAUGGGCUUCCACCAAGGAGAAGGAUUAAAGGUUGUGGCCUUCAUUAAAAACAGUUCAUCUCGUGAGGUCAAGCUCAAAUACUGUGUUUACAGAAAACAUAGUUUCUUUGCAAGAGGGAAGAGAAGGCUCCAUACUAAUGACCUCUUGAAAGAGGUGGGAGACCCCAUCCCUCCAUCUGCAGAAGAAACCGUUACAAGGGUCAUUACCAUUCCCCAUGACCUGGAGCCCUCGGUCCUGAACUGCAACAUCAUUAAAGUAGAGCACAGACUCAGGGUCUACCUUGAUGUAAAAUAUGCCUCAGAUCCAGAGAUCAAGUUUCCUAUAGUCAUUCUGCCAGCCUUUCAGGCCUCUGCUGCACUGCCACCACCACCUGCUGCCGCUGCCACUGCUCCUCCUGCUGCGCCUCCAUUCUCUUCUGGAUUCAACCCAAACCCUCCAGUGUGGGGUUAUGGGCCACAACCGCAACAACCACCAGUAGUCCCCAAUCCAUCAGAGUCCCCUCCUCCUUAUGGAGCAUAUGCAAUGUACCCUUCUUUGACAGAUUUUGACAAGAAAUAUUAAUAACAGGGCUGAAAAGAUGCUUAGCCUGAUUAUAUCCUCUUUUUUUUUUUUUUUUUUAAAUAUUUCACAACUUAAAUGUUAAGAAUAUUUGCAUGUUAUAGAAACUUGACAUAAUACAUUGAGAAAAUGUUAAUCACAUUUUUCUGAAAAUAUGCGUAUAUCUUAAAUAACCAGCAUACAGUAUUUUCUAUUCACGGGUUAACAACAUGGUGGCGCAGUGGUUAGCAUUGCUGCCUCGCCUCCCUCUCUCUCUCUGUGUGGAGUUUGCAUGUUCUCCCCGUGUCUGCGUGGGUUUUCUGCGGGUACUCCGGUUUCCUCCCACAGUCC